AUGUUUAGCGGCCGCAAGUUCUCCUUUAACCGCCACACUGGCGCUCCCAAGCCCAUGGCCAGACGCUUUUCCAAUGCUGAACCUGGUACCAACGGUAUGUUCUUUUUCCCUCAAAGUUACCUCCUCCCAAAACCCGACGUGGCUGCCCAGCCCGCCAAACUCUUCGACUCCCACAUAAGCUACCCCGCCAAACCCCAAAGUAGCUUUGUCGCGGCCAGCGGCGACGAUGCGACAACUCAGGUCCAGUCCAAAGUCCACCGCCAGUUCCGCAAUGCCCACGAAGGCCACAUGCCCCAUGCCGGCCUCGACGCCAGCCGCGCCUCCACCGGUGUCGUCUGGUGCACUGAGCGCGCCUGCGAGUUUGGUUUCUCGGAACAUCCCGAAGAAUGGGCCAACCUCGGCCAGGGUGCCCCCGAAGUCGAAGACGACAUUGCCGGCUGCUUCCCCCGACCCAACACCAUCGACAUUUCCAUGGCCGCCCGUGAGUACGGCCCCACCGCCGGUAUUAAACCCCUCCGCGAGGCCGUUGCCAAACUCUACAACGAGGCGCACCGCAAGGGCAAGCAGAGCCAGUAUACCUGGGAAAAUGUUGCCAUUGUCCCCGGUGGUCGUGCUGGUCUGAUCCGUAUCGCUGCCGUCCUCGGCACCUCAUACCUGUCCUUUUUCUUGCCCGAUUACACGGCUUACAAUGAAAUGCUGAGCCUGUUCAAGAACUUUGCUGCCAUUCCAGUUCCCCUCUCUGAGGAGGAUGGCUACCACAUCCACCCCGACAAGAUUGCCGAGGAAAUCUCGCGAGGUACCUCCGUUAUCCUCACCUCCAACCCCCGGAACCCGACCGGCCGUGUCGUCGCCAACCCCGAGCUUGCCGAAAUUCAGGAUAUUUGCCGUGGCCGUGCCACUUUUAUCAGCGACGAGUUUUACUCUGGCUACAACUACACCAGCAACUGCGACGGAACCACCAUCUCUGCCGCCGAAAACGUUGAAGAUGUCGACGAGGAUGAUGUCCUGAUCCUCGACGGCCUUACCAAGCGAUUCCGACUUCCCGGCUGGAGAAUCGCCUGGAUCAUUGGUCCCAAGGUUAUCACGAUACUAACAAUUGUCUAUAGUAUUGGCUCUUGCGGAAGUUAUCUUGACGGAGGUGCCAACCAUGCCUUCCAGGAGGCUGCUGUGCAGUUCCUUGACCCUACGCUUGUCCAGGAGGAAAUGGUUCACCUGCAGCGCCACUUCCGUGACAAGCGUGACUUUGUUGUCAAGCGCCUCCGCGAGAUGGGCUUCGUCAUCAAAUACGUUCCCGACUCUACUUUCUACCUGUAUGUUAUGUCAACACCAACUUUGAAGUCAAUAUCGCGUACUAACUCGCGCAGCUGGCUGAACCUGGAGGGUCUGCCUGAGGCCAUCUCGGACGGCCUCAACUUCUUCCAAGCCUGCCUGGAAGAAAAGGUCAUUGUGGUGCCCGGCAUCUUCUUUGAUUUGAACCCGUCGCGUCGUCGUGAUCUGUUUGACUCGCCCUGCCACCACUUUGUGCGAUUCUCGUACGGGCCCAGAAUGGACGUCCUUACCAAGGGCCUUGACAGCAUCGAAAAGGUGGUCAACAAGUUCAAGAAGCCAGCUUCGUCGUAG